AUUCAACACAAGGGCUUCCUAGCUACAUACAAACAAAGUUUAUUCCUUCUAAAACUUCCUGCAAAAUUAUGGCAAUAAGUAUGGGGCACAUUCUCCAUAAGCAAAGCCUCAGAAGGUCUUCUUCAAGAACAAAUAGAGAAAGCGAGAUUCCUAAGGGUCACUUUGCAGUUUAUGUUGGUGAGAGUGAAAAGAAGCGUUUUGUGAUUCCAAUUUCAUACUUGAAGGACCACUCAUUCCAAGACUUGCUAAGUCAAGCCGAAGAAGAGUUCGGCUUUGAUCAUCCCAUGGGUGGACUCACAAUACCUUGUCCGGAGGAAACCUUUGUUGACAUCAUCUCUAGUAUGAGUAGAUCUAGAUAGAAUUCAUACAUCUUAGGUUAUAGUUAGUCAGCAGAAAAUUUUUGCAGAGAAAAUUAUUAUUGUACAGAGAGUUCUAUAUGUGUUGUCCUCUUGAGAUUGGAAUAUACAUUUUUCAAUAUUCUACCA